UUUUUGCUAUGGAAUCCAGAGUGGCUAUUUUCAUUAAAACUAAUUACCUUUUAUUGUUGCAAAAAUACAUGAUAAAUUGAACUGUUUUCAUCCAAUGUUUUCCCCGCCCACCCUCCAGAAACUUUUUACACACUCUGUAGAAAGAUAGAGAGACAGAGAGAGACAGAGAGAGUUAGACUGAGAGGAGAGAGACAAAGGAAGAAAUACAUACAAUAUUUUCAUCUCUUCUUCUUCUACAUGGUUUUACUUUUUCCUAAAUUAAUUAUGAUUGUUUUGUGAAUUUAGUGGGUUAAUUUUAUUUAAAUAAUUUCUUUGAGUCUUCUUUUUGGAUCUACUGGUGGUCCUGUUUUGGUGGUUUUUUCACCUAUAUAUAUUUAUUAAUCUUGUGUUGAAAGGACAUGUCGGCAAAAGUUGGUCCUCCCAAUGGAGACGAAACGAGUCCUUUGGAAGAAUCCAUUCCCCUUGAUAGGUUAAAGGUGUUGCUACAGAAUCAAUUGGAAUACUAUUUCUCAUGGCAAAAUCUGUCUCGUGAUUCAUAUUUAAAAUCUCAAAUGGACAGUGAUCAAUAUGUUCCAAUCAGUACUGUAGCCAAUUUUGAUCAAAUCAAAAGGCUAACCCGCAAUAUCGACCUCAUUGUGGAUGUGCUUAAAGAAUCACAAUGUGUCCAGGUGGAUGAAGAGGGCCAAAAAGUUCGUCCAGUUAGUAAACGAUGUGUUCUUAUAUUGAGAGAAAUACCUGAAUCAACUCCUCUCAAGGAUGUACAAAAUCUAUUCAGUGGCAAAGAGUGUCCGAAAUUCGUAUCGUGUGAGUUUGCUCAUAAUAAUAGUUGGUAUGUUUCUUUUGAAUCCGAUGAAGAUGCUCAACGAGCUUAUAGAUAUUUGAGGGAAGAGGUCAAAACCUUUCAAGGUAAACCAAUAAUGGCUCGGAUUAAAGCUAAACCAGUCAUUUCAAACUAUCUGACUUAUAAGAACGGAGCUGAGCCAGGUGUUGGCUUUGAUCUUCCUUCUUCUAUCGAGUCCCCGGUUAACAGUGGCCAUUUUAAUGCAACAAUACCUGCCACUGCGGGUCACCCAGCAUAUCCUGCGAUUUCUCCCGUUUAUCAGCCAUUAUACCCUCCGCCACCUAUGCUUCACACCUGGCCUCCAGCGACCACUUGUUACGAUUUGAGCACUGUUUUCACUUUAAAUGGCCUAUCUCCACAUGCUGCUUUCAAACCUGUCCAUAAUAGUUCCACCCGUCAGCCUUAUGUAUUCCGAAACUCUAGGAAGAACAACUAUGCCUCCAUGCGUUAUGCCAAUCCAGCUAACAGUGGCGUUGCAACCCCAUCUUCUACAAAUGUGACAACAUCGAAUACUGCCGUAGUUGGAGAUGAUGAUCCACAAAAUCAAUCGGCUAAGUCUUCAGAGGAAAAUGCAGAUCCCAAUUCUACUCAUCAGGCAUCAUCUGAAAUCAAAUCGGGUACCAAAUCCAACCAAGCUGGUGAUAAAAGAUCUAAAUUUACAGGUAAGAAUGAUUCUAGAUCAUCCAAUUCUUCAUUAAAUCAUGAUGAAAACCAUUGGAACUCUGGAUCAUAUGGAUCAGGAUACUUUUACGCUAACCGGUCAAGAAGGAAUUACUCUUCUCGGUCGGAUAAUCGAGAGAAACAAACGUCUUUCGAAAGCUCUAGAUCAGAUUAUGGUUAUCAUUAUGAUUCAAAUUAUGUGCCUCAUGGUAGUAAUGGUGGUGGAAGCGGUGGCAGUGGUAUGUCAACGCGAGGGAAUAAAUCUGGAAGACGAAGAAGAAAUGACGGAGAAAACUCUGAGCCUGUGUCGUCUAGUUAUGCCAAUGGGAAACAUAGCAAUUCUAAAAAUUAUAAUUAUAGCAAAUUAAACCGGAGCAGUAAAUUAAAAGAUGACGAUAAAGCAAACAAAGAUUUUGACCUAGGUGCCACGGCCUUUCCGCCAUUGCCUGGGCUUGACAACUCAUUCUCGUCCAAACCUAAGAACUCAAUUAAUCCUGGAGACACUGAUGUUCCGGACCAAGCUUCAUUGUCUCCAAACCAAAACAACGGUUCAAAUCUAGAUUCUGUGAUCAAAUCUUCUGGUAGUUUAAACUAUAACGGGUCUUUAGCUGAUGUUGUUCGAGGUACGGUUAAAACAAACAAAAGUCAACCUUGGCGACAACCUGAAGUAGCCAAGGCAAAUUCGGGUGAUAUUAAAAAUACUGAUACUGGUAAAGAUCAAGCUAAUAUGAAUCAAAGUGAAACUUGGACCAACUCUGGUGACAAAAAUGAGUCAGAGAAUACCGCAACAACGGAUGAAACUCUGAUCAGUGCAACUAUACAAGACACUGUUUCAACUUCAGCUGAACAAUUUAAAGACUCGCCUAAAAACCUUAAAGGUUCAUCUUCAACUGCCAAAACAAAAGAUCUUUUUUCAAAGAAGGACGAUUCAGAAAAUAAUGUAGUUUCCUCAACUGCUGCGGCUAAAUGUCCAGUCACGGCAAAUCAAAAGAACUCCAUAAACUCCUCUUCGCGAUCUCCUAAUGUUCCAAAUCUUGAUCAUAAUAGUUGUGAUUACGAUAACACAAGUCAUUACAAAGUGCCCAAAAGUCCUCCCAAAUCAACUCCGCGCCAAAGUAAUACUAAUAAUGAUAGUAAUAAUAUCAAUGAUAAUAAUGGUAUCAGUAGUACUAGUUGUAGCAGUAGUAAUAGCAACUCCACAAGCAUCAGUACUAGUAUCAACACCAGCAACAACAGUAGCAUUAACUCAGUUUCAGAUAGCCCCAAAAGUGAAGAGAAAGAUGGCCAGUCAUCGAUAAAGGUUUCUCCGAAAACGGAUCGGGCCCUUAAAGAUCACAAAGAUAAUAGAAGUAAUAAGAUAUUACCCGUUAAAAGUGAAAAACCGUGCAACGAAGUAAAUUCAACUACACCUGUAAAACUCAAUAAUAAAAAUGGAAAAUCUCCUACCGAAAAGAACGAUGAGCAAGAGCGGGAAACAAAUAAUGACGAACCAUAUCGUAGUGGGAGAAAAUUGACCUACUCUGAAGUUGCUCGCCUCUCCAAAGCAAAGCAAACUGCUGGAGUAGAAGAUAAGAGGAGUUGAACGUUGGAUAAAUAUAAUACAAAUUGGAAAGAGAGAAAAUAAAUUCAAGUUUACCAACAAUAGACAAAUGUUCAAAUUAUUCAUUUACCAUUGUAUCAUAAACAAGGACAAGGCGAUAAUGUUUACCCUUGUAACCAAAAUUGAAGAAAAUGUCAACUCAAACUAUAUAUCCGGUUAUAAGAUUAUCUCUCGUUAAUUCCGUUUUAAUAGCCUUAAACAAAACAACUUCAAGUAACACCAAUCCUGUAAACAUCAUGAGAUUCUUGUUAAUAUUAUCUGGUACAUCUUUAAAUAUUUCCUGAUAAUACAAAUCAUCAUCUCAACAGUAAAUCACAAUACAAUGUAGAUUCCUUUUUAUAUAUAAAUAUUAUAUACAACCAACUAGUCCGUUGAGUUAAUCAAAAAACACCAAUGGAAAACAUUGUAACUGUUCAAUCCUGAAUCAAAGCUCCUCCAAUAAUGUUAUUAUGGCUUGAGAAAGAUGAUCUAAUUUUCACCAAUAAACAAUUAAUCAACCUUAACCAAAAAGUUGAUUAUCCAAUGAACCAA